GAAGUUUAAUAAAACUGAUUGCAUUAUUUCCUGUUCAUUUAGUGAAACUAGGAAAUUAUAUGUAAUAUGCGUAUGUUCUUUUCCAAAAACAGGAUUAAUAAGAAGUAGUAGAUUUAUCAACAUGAAAAUGAGUUUAAUUACUUACCUCAGACUAGCAGUUUUGUUACGUUGCCUGCAUAUGGCGCUGCCUGAAAGGAACGCGUCAAACUGCACGAUCGGUCACUUGGAUGAGACGAAUUUUUCUGAAUGCGGAAACAGAGGAUAUGCUAUGAGGUGCAACGAUACUAGUUUGGUACAAAUUCCACACUUUUACCCAAAACCAAAGAAUUUGAUCGAUUUUCCUCCGCCUCUGUGUUUGUUAGACCUGAGCUUCAACAAAUUCUACAUGGUUGAAAAUAAGUCGUUUGUCAAUGCGAAAAAUCUUAACAGUACAGACGUGCUAUGGUUAAACCUUGACUACAGCAAUAUCUCUUUUAUUGCCUCGAACGCCUUUGAAAGUCUGACCAACCUGCUUUACCUGAAUUUGACUGGAAAUAACUUGAAUCAGCUUGGUAGCUUUGGUGAAGGCGUGUUUAAACCGCUUUUGAGUUUGAGAGCCAUCAAUGUAAAGGAAAACAAAUUAAACACAUUUGAUGAAAUUGGAACGGAACUGCAAUACCUGAAGCAUCUUAAGUGUAUUGAUAUUGAUUUGUGCCCAAACUGUGUGUUUGGAAAGAGUUUCAGUAAACUAACCAAUCUAAAAACUCUAACUUUAUCUGGAACAUCGGAGAGAGCUUGUAAUGCACCAUCUAUUGAAAAUAUAACGUUUCAAUACGUUCCAACAGUAGAAAGUUUAUAUAUGGCGUCGUGUCAGAUAGAGUCAAUAGACAAAAACGCCUUCAGCUACCUUAAAAAUAUCACGCUGUUAGAUAUAUCCUAUAACGAGCACCUGAAUUUUACUGGAAUGAAUCAAGCAUUGUAUGGUAUAAAGAAUUCUCCAACUUUGAAAAUAUUAAAUGUCAAUAGGAUACAUCACUUGUACGGAUCUGGAAUACAGCUUAAAUUGGCCGACAUAGAGAACCUUCAAACCCUACGUGCCCUUGAAACAUUGCAUAUGGACUUGAACAAGAUUGAAGUAUUUGAUGAAAAUAUACUCAAUCCUUAUCAGUUCCCGGACACUCUUAGAAACUUCUCACUGUUUGGAAAUCGACUAACAUAUGGAAUAUAUACAAAGUAUUUACAGAAAGCAGUUGGCAUUGAAUUUCUUGACUUGUCUGGGCAACACUUGAACUUUGAUCUCUUUCUCCACGAUCGCUAUAAAAACAGACAGAUGUUUACAAAAAAUAGCAUUAUCAAAGAUUUUUCCAAAUUAACGAGAAAACAAAAAUGUCCCAGCCUCUGCACUGUCUGCUUACCCCAUAGCCUUCGCAAAGUUAAAUGGAGAAAAAGUUUCAUAUAUCUUAAGAUAAAUAAUCCAAUGGCUAUCUGUGGGGCAACGGGGUUGAAAUAUUUAGACCUAUCUUUCAACUUGAUUUCGAAAUGGAAUGCGACUGUUUUUGGAGUGGAAAAUAUGACACAUCUUGACCUUUCAGAAAACAAUUGCGACGAAGUUGAUCCUACAUUCUUUUUAAUGUUUAAAUCGAUGAAGCAUUUGAACCUUUCUGGAAAUAGCUUGGGAAAGGCUUUUAAUCCAGAUUUUUACCCAAAUGCAAGUAAAAUGUUCGAAUUUCAGAAAAAUAUGACACAUUUAGACCUUUCUUAUAACAAAAUAAAUCACCUUCCGUGGGAUAUAUUCAAGUAUUUACCGAACAUAGAAUAUCUGGAUUUAAGUGAUAACAUUAUUGUUGACUGGAACUUCACUUUGAAACACAGUCGGUGUUUGCGUCAUUUGAAUUUAUCUGGCAACAAACUUUAUCAACUUCCGGAAAGUUUAACCACAUACCUCGAUUCUAUUGCAGAAGGGAAUUGUAAUCUGAAUGUAAUUGUCAACGUAUGGCUUUCUUCGAAUCCGAUAGAAUGCUCGUGCAAAACCUUACCCUUUCUGAAAUGGCUGCGCUAUUCGAAAGUUGAUGUUUACUUUAAACCAGAAGAUAUUUGUAGGCUGAAUGGCGAAAAUUACCAGUAUCUAUCAAAUGAGCAUAUGGAACAGCUUAUCAGUAUUCUUGAAAAUGAUAUAUGUCUGGAUCGCAGCUGGGUAACAUGGACAAUCAGUGUUGCUUGCAGUGUCUUUGUGUGCCUUUUAACUCUUAUUGUAUCCUGCAUUCUGUAUAGAAACCGUUGGAAACUACGAUAUUUAUACUACAGUAGAAACAGACGAUACGUGCACGAAGGUUUCGAGCAUUUGUUCGAGAACGAUGCAUUUGUGUCGUACUCUAAGAACAGCGCAAGUUUCAUUAAGAAUGAGAUGGUUCCUUCCCUUGAGACUGAACAUGGACUACACCUUUGGGUUGCAGACAGGAACUCAGUACCGGGCACGUCUGUGGCUGAGAAUAUCAGCCACGGUAUUUACAACAGCCGGAAAUCGAUUCUGUUGAUAAAUAAGGCAUAUCUAAAUGACAGUUGGUGCGAUUAUGAAAUGAACAUGGCGCAUAUGGAAUCUAUUGAAACAAAGAGGAAAAUGAUUAUAAUUGUUUUGAUGGAAUCUGUACCAAUGGAGUCGUUGCCAAUCUGCCUGAUGAGGUUCUUGCAUAGUGAGCGAUCCCUGGAAUACCCAGAGCAUUCAGAAAAUUUAAGCACCUUCUGGAUGAAUCUUGCAGAAGAAAUAACAUGUUAAUAGGCAUCCAGGCGCUAAUAUACUUUAAGAUUAAUGUAGCAUAGUAUGACAAAAGCAUAAAUAGUUAUGUCGCACUACUGGAAUAUGUCACUUAUCGGCACAGUCUAAACACUUCCAUUUUCCCGCGAAUCCAGCAACAAUAUCUGGCUUCUGGGUUAUGGUUGAAUCGUACAAAUCUGCUUAAAAAAUCUGCAACAACAUGUCACAAUAGCUUUUUAGAUCUUGCGAAUCAUUUCAAUGUCGUCACGUAAGGCCAAAUAAAUAACAAGUUAACUGGUACAAUAAUCGUUGAUCUGAAAAAAAAAACACUUGGAUUUGAAGAAGUGACGCGUAAGUGGUCAGUCAAAAAUGUCAUAAAACAUGGAAAAUUGUGUAUUAAUUAAACACUCCAUUCGUGACCUUGGUGAUAAAAUGUACGUCUGUAGUCAUCUAGUUUGCUACUUUGAACUCUUGUGUCUAACAGAAUAGAUAUUAUUCAAUAAGAUUGAGAGCAGUCAGAAAACCAGUUUUGGAUUAUGCUAUCAUCGAGAAGAGAGCUUUAAGCUAUUCAUUUCGUACAAACGCCUUUUGAAUGCCUUACAUGUUAACAGAAUUCUUGUAAAUACAUUUUCUUCAUAAUUUUUAUGCUUAGAUGUCAUAGAUUCCAUUUUUAAUUUUCAACGUAAAUUUUGUUAUAUACCGACCUUUGUUAAUUGUACACGAUACAUUUUUUCAACUAUUUUGUUAAAUAGAAUUAAACUGCUUUGAUGUCCGAUAUCAGUCGCUUAACUUUUACCUCAAUAAUUAGUGCGUGUUACAUUUGAAGCACUCUGUGUGGCUCGGGUACGUUUUACUGAGUUCAGCACUGCCAGGGACCGCACUGCAUGUAUUUAUAUACUAAACACUAGUUAAUUCAUUAAAAGUCUUUAUAUCUUUUAUUUUAACUGGUGAUGCUGUCAGGCAUAAAACAUCUUUUUUCAGUCUUCGUGACAAAUUAAGAUCAAUAGCGGGUAUGGUUAUCAUGAGAGUAGCGAGCUAACAUUCAGCAUCUACCAAAACUUCCAGCUUAUUUCUGUUAAUAUAUAAACUAGUUAUGAAUUGAAUUAAGGAUACCAAUUAGAGUUGCCAUACUGAAAUAUGUUAGGAAGGACAGUGCAAAAUACAAGUGAUGGUACUGCUCCACACGCUUCUUUGGUUCAUAAACGUAUCAGAUAUAAAACAUGAACUCCUCUCUGUAACUUUGUUAUAAUUUAGUUGCAAUAGUGUAUCAUAAUUUCAACUAUACGCCCCUAAUUUAAAAGUCUAGCGUCUGUAAACUUAGGAGUGAUAUAUUUUUUUCUUGUUUCCUUUGAGAUUUAUUUUCCAGUUGUUAAAGAAUGACUAUAUGUACAUUACUUUUAAAUCGCUACUUAUUUGUUAUGUGUGAUUGUGAUAAUGUAAUUAGAAUUAAGAUACAGUAAAAUGGAUUUCAGUGAAUAAAAUAGUGUGUUUGAACCAA